UUUAGUCCGUCAGUUGCCGGGGAGUGUGUGUGUGUGUCUGUAUACGGAUCUUUAACUCUCUGGUAACUCGGCCUCCGGUUAACUGGCGAAAAUGCCGACCGCGGUGACAAAAGAUCAGCAAGAGGAGUUUAAGAUUCUGGAUAUUGUGGACUGGAUGUUGAAGGAUAUUUUAAGUGACGCCAGGUUAUCCGAGCUCAAGAAGGAGAAGAAUUGGCCUUACGUUAAGUAUGGUGGCAUCGUGCUCCUCAGCUUGUACCUGGUGUUCGGGUAUGGUGCCCAGCUCAUCUGUAAUGUGAUUGGCUUCAUCUACCCAGCCUACUGCAGCAUCAAGGCUCUGGAGUCGCUCAAGAAGGAGGAUGACACACGCUGGCUGACUUACUGGGUCGUGUUUGCUCUCUUCUCCGUGUGUGAGUUCUUCUCGGACCUCCUCCUCUCCUGGUUCCCCUUCUACUGGCUGGCCAAGUGCAUGUUCUUGGUCUGGUGUUUCCUGCCUGUGUCCUGGAAUGGUUCAGAUGUGAUCUACAACCGUGUGAUUCGUCCGGCCUUCAUCAAGCAUGAGAAGGAGAUCGACACUGCCAUGUCCAAGGUGACGGACAAGAUCAACGAAGUGGCCGACGCUGCCACCAAAGCUGCCUUCGACGCUGCCAAGAAUGAUUAAGACAAACCUUGGUGACGAGGAGAUGAACUAUACUGUACUGUGGAUGACGGCAGAUGAGAUGAUGGGAACGUCUCGCCGACAAAAUUCUACAAAUAAAACCAACAAAAGGAUGUGAAUAAUAAGAUAUAAACUAAUUGCUGAUGUAUAUAUUAUUUGUGUAGCUUUGCCAGGCUUUUUUCACUCAAGAUAAUCUUUGUAAUACAGAAUUUUUGCAACAGUGUAGUCUAGUCAGGUUUAGCAGUCCCACAUUGAAGUAUUAAUUAGUCGGCUGCUUUAAUAAAUAUACCUUUUUUUUUUUUUGUUGGUCUUUCAUAGUUAAGUUUGUAGCUUUUAUUACUGUUUUUCUUGCGAUAAAUUAAAGGGAUUUUGUGGUCCUGUUUGUCUUUCCACUAUAAUGGUGUUCUUAGCUUAGAGGUGCUCAUGACACUCGACACAGUUAUAACACAAGGUCCCUAUGGCACUCAACACAGUUAUGACACUUAAGACACGACACACCAACUUAAUUAAAACCAAAAUUACAAAGUUAAUUAUUGGUGUGGUAGUAAUUGUGUUAGUGUCAAUAAUUUAAUAACAGGUGUGUGUGUGUGUGGUAGGAAAGGUUAACACAAGUGGCUGUUUCCUUCUCUACCACACUCCCAGAUGAACGGCACGAGUUACAAUACUCUGUACGGCGGUGUGAGCGGUGUGAUCCCCUGAACUAAGAACACCACCACAGCUGUUCGUCCUCUGAACCGUGCCCAAGACCUCAUGAUCGUUUAGCACAAGUAUUGUUUAUGACCAAAGGUUUGUUAUUAAUUGUACUAUAAUGCUCCACGUUUAAGAUCUUUCCUCUUUUUUUUUUUACACACAUUGGGCAUUAUUAUUCUUAUCCUUCAUAUUAUUAUGGUAAUAAAGUUUUCCAUUA